UCGCACUCGUUGCAUAUCAGAGGCUCGGCGCGGCGCGCUCCUCCUCGCUCCCGCUCCCCACUCCCGGGAUGUGUCUCCGCCGUACGACGGGCUAUGGCCACCACGACUUCCGGGUUCCGUCAUUUCGUUCUCCCGCCGCCGACCCGCGCCGCCAAACUGAGGCUCUUCAAUAAGCCAGGCAGCAGCCAACCUGCCAACACCUACUGACACUCACUCAUCUCCCAGAGAGAAAGAGAGCGAGAGAGAGCGAGCGCGAGAGAGCGAGCGCGAGUGAGAGCGAGCGAGCGAGCGAGAGAGAGAGAGGGAGAGACAAAAUACCUACCAGGAAAGGGGGGGAGGAAGUCCAAUUUUUGCAAACUAUUCAUUUUUUUUCUUGAUUUUUCUCAUUGCUUUCUUUGAACAAUACUUUAAAGAGAGAGGAUCGUAUUAUAGACACCGCGGGGGCAAAGCUAAAAAAGGGGGGAAGGGGGAGGAAAAAAUUCAAGAAGCAGAAACCCCUCGCGGAGUUUUACUGGAAGAAAAAACGGGUCUGAAAGAUUCCUCCUCUUCAUCAUCAUCAACCAUCAUUCAUUCACUACCUUGACAUUCCGGGCUUUGAUUGACAGCUGGAGUGGCAAAAAGCCAUGAAACACGACAGUUCGGUUACAUGUGGGCUGCUGACGGGCCGCUCGUAACCUUCAGUUCGGGGGCUUGAUAAUUUUUUUCUUCUUUUUCUUCUUUUUCUUUUCUUUCUUUUUUUUUUCCAACUGAGGGGAAGAGAAGAGAAAGAGGGGGAAAGGAGGACCGAAGAGGAGGAGGAGGGGAGGGGGGGAGGAGGAGGUGGAGGAGGAGGAGGAAGAUCAGGAGGAGGAGGAAGAAGAGGAAAAAAGAGAAAAAGAAGAAAUAUCACAGAAAAAAAAAACUCUUCGUUGUCUAGACUGGGCUUUUUUCCCCCCUAAAAAAUAACAUAUUGGAGAAUUGGGAGAAGUCUCUUUGGUUUGGAAAAAAAAAAAGGAAUCUUCAGCCUAGAUCACUUUCUUAUCCGGACUGGGAUAUUAAAUAUACGACACAUCCAGGAGUUUAUUGGAGCGCAGACUGAUGGCGCAAAGGUACGAUGAGCUGCCCCAUUACGGCGGGAUGGACGGAGUAGGGGUUCCCGCUUCCAUGUACGGAGACCCUCACGCGCCACGGCCGAUUCCCCCGGUUCACCACCUGAACCACGGGCCGCCACUCCACGCCACACAGCACUACGGCGCGCACGCCCCACACCCCAAUGUCAUGCCGGCCAGUAUGGGAUCCGCUGUCAACGACGCCUUGAAGCGGGACAAGGACGCGAUCUAUGGGCACCCGUUGUUUCCUCUGUUAGCUCUGGUCUUUGAGAAGUGCGAGCUGGCGACCUGCACUCCCCGGGAACCUGGAGUGGCUGGUGGAGACGUCUGCUCCUCCGACUCCUUCAACGAGGACAUCGCGGUCUUCGCCAAGCAGGUUCGCGCCGAAAAGCCACUUUUUUCCUCAAAUCCAGAGCUGGACAAUUUGAUGAUACAAGCAAUACAAGUACUAAGGUUUCAUCUUUUGGAGUUAGAAAAGGUCCACGAACUGUGCGAUAACUUCUGCCACCGAUACAUUAGCUGUUUGAAGGGGAAAAUGCCCAUCGACCUCGUCAUUGAUGAAAGAGACGGCAGCUCCAAGUCAGAUCAUGAAGAACUUUCAGGCUCCUCCACUAAUCUCGCUGACCAUAACCCUUCUUCUUGGCGAGACCACGAUGAUGCAACCUCAACCCACUCAGCAGGCACCCCAGGGCCCUCCAGUGGGGGCCAUGCUUCCCAGAGCGGAGACAACAGCAGUGAGCAAGGGGAUGGUUUAGACAACAGUGUAGCUUCACCUGGUACAGGUGACGAUGAUGAUCCGGAUAAGGACAAAAAACGCCAGAAGAAAAGAGGCAUUUUCCCCAAAGUAGCAACAAAUAUCAUGAGAGCAUGGCUCUUCCAGCAUCUCACACAUCCGUACCCUUCCGAAGAGCAGAAGAAACAGUUAGCGCAAGACACAGGACUUACAAUUCUCCAAGUAAACAACUGGUUUAUUAAUGCCAGAAGAAGAAUAGUACAGCCCAUGAUUGACCAGUCAAAUCGAGCAGGUUUUCUUCUUGAUCCUUCAGUGAGCCAAGGAGCAGCAUAUAGUCCAGAGGGUCAGCCCAUGGGGAGCUUUGUGUUGGAUGGUCAGCAACACAUGGGGAUCCGGCCUGCAGGUUUGCAGAGCAUGCCAGGGGACUACGUUUCUCAGGGUGGUCCUAUGGGAAUGAGUAUGGCACAGCCAAGUUACACUCCUCCCCAGAUGACCCCACACCCUACUCAAUUAAGACAUGGACCCCCAAUGCAUUCAUAUUUGCCAAGCCAUCCCCACCACCCAGCCAUGAUGAUGCACGGAGGACCCCCUACCCACCCUGGAAUGACUAUGUCAGCACAGAGCCCCACAAUGUUAAAUUCUGUAGAUCCCAAUGUUGGCGGACAGGUUAUGGACAUUCAUGCCCAAUAGUAUAAGGGAACUCAAGGGAAAAGGAAACACACGCAAAAACUAUUUUAAGACUUUCUGAACUUUGACCAGAUGUUGACACUUAAUAUGAAAUUCCAGACAGCUGUGAUUAUUUUUUACUUUUGUCAUUUUUCAUCAAGCAACAGAGGACCAAUGCAACAGGAACACAAAUGUGAAAUCAUGGGCUGACUGAGACAAUUCUGUCCAUGUAAAGAUCCUCUGGAAAAAGACUCCGAGAGUUAUAACUACUGUAGUAUAAACAUAGGAACUAAGUUAAACUUGUACAUUUCUGUUGAUCACGCCGUUAUGUUGCCUCAAAUAGUUUUAGAAGAGAAAAAAAAAAAAUAUAUCCUUGUUUUCCACACUAUGUGUGUUGUUCCCAAAAGAAUGACUGUUUUGGUUCAUCAGUGAAUUCACUAUCCAGGAGAGACUGUGGUAUAUAUUUUAAACCUGUUGGGCCAAUGAGAAAAGAACCACACCGGAGAUAAUGAUGAACGUUUGGCUGAACCUCAUCACUCGAACUCCAGCUUCAAGAAUGUGUUUUCAUGCCCGGCCUUUGUUCCUCCAUAAAUGUGUCCUUUAGUUUCAAACAGAUCUUUAUAGUUUGUGCUUCAUAAGCCAAUUCUUAUUAUUAUUUCUGGGGGACUCUUCUUCAAAGAGCUUGCCAAUGAAGAUUUAAAGACAGAGCAGGAGCUUCUUCCAGGAGUUCUGAGCCUUGGUUGUGGACAAAACAAUCUUAAGUUGGGCAGCUUUCCUCAACACAAAAAAAAGUUAUUAAUGGUCAUUGAACCAUAACUAGGACUUUAUCAGAAACUCAAAGCUUGGGGGAUAAAAAGGAGCAAGAGAAUACUGUAACAAACUUCGUACAGAGUUCGGUCUAUUAAUUGUUUCAUGUUAGAUAUUCUAUGUGUUUACCUCAAUUGAAAAAAAAAAGAAUGUUUUUGCUAGUAUCAGAUCUGCUGUGGAAUUGGUAUUGUAUGUCCAUGAAUUCUUCUUUUCUCAGCACGUGUUCCUCACUAGAAGAAAAUGCUGUUACCUUUAAGCUUUGUCAAAUUUACAUUAAAAUACUUGUAUGAGGACUGUGACGUUAUGUUAAAAAAAAGGUGUUAAGUCACAAAAUGCGGUAAUAAAUAUUUCAUUUUUGA